AUGGAUAAUAAUAAUAAUAAUAAUAUCAACAACAACAACAAUCAAUCAUCGCUACCUCAACCUUCUGCUCCUCCUGAUCCAUCUGUAACACCACCCCACUAUCAACCAUCCUCAUCAUCACCCAAUUCUCAAUUGCAACAACCACAACCUCAAUUAGUCACUCCCCAAUUACCUUCACAGCAACAACAAGAGGAAGAGGAUGAACCAUCUACAUUGAGAGUACCCACUACUACUCCACAACAAAGAAGAAAAAGAGGAUUGUCUCUUAGAUCUCAGUUAUUCAAUAAAGCAUUUAAUUUACAAUCUACAUCUCCUUCACCAUCACCACCACCACCACCUGCAGCGCAACCACUGCCACCACUGCCACAGACACAGUCUCCACCACCAGUUGACGUCAAUGAAUUAAAUCAAGGCAAUAUUGAACUUCUCAAUUUAAAGAAACCCGCUCCGACAAUCAAUGUGACGGAAGCAACUCCAAGAGAGUCUACCGGCACAUACCCUUCAUUCAAUCCAAAUUUAGCUACUUCAACUACUCAUUUAACUGCAAUUAGUAGUACUCAGACAGAUGCAUCAAGUGCUGGCGCUUCAUUCAUAUCAAAACGAGAAAGACAACAAUUUCUUAGAUAUAAGACUCAUUCAAAGACAUUACAAACUUUCAUAGAUUUCAAAAAUAGAUUGCUUGGAAUUAACAAUUUACCACCAACUAUAGCAGGUAGAGUAAUUCCAUUAAGUAUAAAUCACAAAUCAAUUAAUGAGUAUUUUCAAGAUAAUUAUUACGAUGAAAAACAUGAUUCAUUAAUAGAUGAAAGAUGUAAUAAACCUUAUAUUAACAAUACAAUAACUUCUUCAAAAUAUACAGUAUAUGAUUUCUUACCAAAACAAUUAAAAGCUCAAUUUUCUAAAAUUGCAAAUUGUUAUUUCAUGGUGGUUGCAAUUAUGCAAAUGAUACCUGGUUGGUCCACGACUGGUCAAUAUACUACCAUUAUCCCAUUAUGUAUAUUUAUGUCAAUCUCAAUUGCACGUGAGGGGUUCGACGAUUGGAAAAGACAUGGUCAUGAUAAAGAAGAGAAUAAUAAACGAACUACUAUCCUUAAAGAAGAUCAAGAAUUGGGACAAUUUGAUACACAUUCAAUCACCACUAUAAUGACUGAUUCCAGUAAUGAUCCUGCGUAUUCCCCACCUUCAUCUACUUCUUCAGGAUCUUCAGGGGAAUCAACCGAUCCGAAAAUGGCAUAUACCGAUCCAAAUGCAUUAAAGAGGUAUAAUCUCAAAGAAUAUAAUACCACCUGGCAUGAAGUCAAGGUUGGAGAUAUUGUGAAAAUUAAUGAAAAUGAAUGGUUUCCAGCUGACGUCUUACUCAUAUCCACAAGUGAUUUAGAUACACAAAUAGCAUAUGUCGAAACUAUGGCAUUAGAUGGUGAAACUAAUUUAAAACCAAAAUACCCUCAUACUGAAUUGGCUAAACUUGCAACUAAUGUAACUAGUUUGAAAAAUUUGAAAACUUUGAUAACUACCGAAGAUCCAAAUAUUGAUUUGUAUAAUUUUGAAGGAUCUUUUCAAUUAAAUGAUGAAACAUAUUCCCUUGGACCGGAUAAUAUAGUUUAUAGAGGAAGUAUUUUAAGAAAUACCAAAUCAGUAUUGGGAUUGGUUGUGUUUACAGGGGAGGAAACUAAAAUUAGAAUGAAUAAUAUUAAACAUCCAAGAACAAAAGCUCCUAAAUUACAAAAGAAUAUUAAUUAUAUUGUGAUGUUUAUGGUACUUGUUGUUCUUCUGUUGUCUUGUUUCUCCACCAUGGCCCAACGAUUGGCUUAUCAGCGGAAUAGAGAUCGAGCAUGGUAUUUGUUCGAACAAGAUGCAGGUGUAGCUGCUACAAUGAUGGGAUUUAUUAUUAUGUAUAAUACUUUGAUUCCACUUUCACUUUAUGUUACCAUGGAAAUUAUAAAAGUCAUGCAAUUAUGUUUUUUACAAUUCGAUAUAGAUAUGUAUCAUGUUGAAAGUAAUACACCUGCAGAUGCCAAAACUGCUACAAUUUUAGAAGAAUUAGGACAAGUUUCAUAUAUUUUUAGUGACAAGACUGGAACUUUAACUGAUAAUAAAAUGGUAUUUAGGAAAUUCAGUGUAUGUGGAGUAAGUUGGUUACAUGAUUUAGAUUUAAUGGCCGAUGAACGAGCAAAUCCAAAUAGUUUCGCUACAGCACCAUUGAUUCCUCGAAUAAGUAUGCAUGCACCACAAUCACCAAGAAUACAACCCCAAUCACGACAAAGUAGAGGAUCGACCGAUUAUGUUCCAAGAACGAGUACAACGUCAAUAGUUAGAAAUAGUAUGGAUGUUCAAUCUAUGCAUACUACCUGGACAUCACUGGCACAUCCUAAUAAAGUACAAAAUUUGAGUAAUUCAUUACAAUUGUUGAGACAUAUACAAUCCCAUCCACAGACUUUAUUUGCCAAAAGGGCGAAAUUUUUCUUGCUAAGUAUCGCAUUAUGUAAUACCUGUCUUCCUCGGAAACAACAAUCAACAAGUUCCAAAAAGAAAGGAAAACCAUCAGAACCAAAUGGUAUCACACCAGAUAACAGUAGUGGAGAAAGUAGCGAAACCAUGGAAGACGAAGAUAUAAGCUAUCAAGCAGCUUCACCCGAUGAACUUGCCCUCGUACAAGCAGCUCGUGAUUUAGGUUAUGUAGUCUUCGACCGUCAAAACAACCGUCUCAUAAUCAGAACAUAUCCUGAUGGAUUUGACAAACCGGCCAAAUUGGAAGAAUAUACCGUGCUUGAAGUUAUUGAAUUCACAUCAUCGAGAAAGAGAAUGUCAAUUGUGGUGAAAUUCCCUGAUGGAAGAAUUGGAAUUGUAUGUAAAGGAGCCGAUUCUAUAAUUUUGGAACGACUCAAGAAUUCUAAAAUUGCCGAAGAGAAAGCUCGUGAGAUAUCUAUUCAGAGUUCAGAACGGAAAACCCAGGAAGCCGAUGUGAUUUUGAAUUCCAGAAAAUCGUAUUCUGUGGAUGUGAUGACUGGUCAUACGCCUAGAAAACCAUCUAUUCGACAAAGUUUGAGUGCGCUGAUGGUUCCAAGAACUAGUUCUGCUAGGUUGAGGAAGAUGAGUAGUAUUGAUAAUGCCUUGAUGGGGACCGAGGAGGAAGAAAUUGCUGAUAUUGCCAAUAGAGCGAGGAAAUCGUUGCAUUUACAACAGCUGAAGAAGUAUAGUUUGGAUGUGUAUGAGAAUGACCCUAUUGCUGGAUCGACUACUACUCCAACUGCUCCAACUAGUCCUGUUAGGUCAUAUAGUGAUUAUAGUGUUCCUCUCGAUGGUCCUAGUGAGAAUGCGCAAUAUGUUCCAAAUGAUAAAUUAUUAGUCAAUGAUGAAUUUAUAAUCGAAAAAACGUUGGAACAUUUGGAAGAAUUUUCCACGGAAGGAUUAAGAACUUUGUUAUAUUCGUUCAAAUGUGACACGAAUCGUGCUCAAUUGGUUGAACAAGUCGGAGGAAAGAUUGAACAUGGUUUAGACUUAAUUGGAGCUACUGCAAUUGAAGAUAAAUUACAAGACGGUGUAAGUGAAGCUAUUGAUAAAUUAAGAAGAGCACCUUAA